CCCGUAAAAAAAUACCUACAUUGCCUUCAACAUCCAUAUACGCCCAUCUGCCAAGCAACCCAGCAAAAUCAUGGAAAUUCACGUUAUAGGACGUCGCCAAUAACGGCAAAUGCGGAGCGAUAUUUGAAGAGCCAUGUAUCAACGAGAGACCGGACCUACUAAAAUGAACGCGCGACACACGCGCCCCCCAAAAGGUGACCCUGUUCGGAACUCGGAGUUGCGACGACCUGCCGAGCCUACGUCAACCCCAACAUCAACGCCGGCGAGGCCGCAGCCCUAUGCGUACGAGCCUGUGGUACCAGCCAACCGCUUACCCAAUCGCAGUACCGCCUCUCAGCCUGUUCGCUUUGAAGACGACAUCGACCAUGAGUCCCCAGCAAAGAAGGCUAGGAUAGCCGAAGACGACGGCGCUCCCGAGCCGAAAAAGAGGAAGUCCAAGAAACUGAGAAAGUCCAAGAAGCAUUCUCCAGCUUCGGUAGACGGCCCGGACGAAGCAACCCAUGACGAGCCCACGGAAGUCCCGACCGACCACGACGAGUCGAGCAAUAGCAAUAGGCCUAUGCAAUUGGAUCCAUCAGACCCUCUAGAAACGGAAGAACCGCCCCGGGACAACCCCUCAGGGGCAGAUGGCGACACAGCAAAAGAAAGAAAACACAAAAAGAAGUCAAAAAAGAAGGGCGAGCUCGAGACAAAUACCGAGGCCGGGGAGGCCGCCCCGAAGUGGCACCGAGCGGUGCUAGAGAAGAAGGCAAAGUCGAUAAAAGUCCCCGAGCCACAGAGCAUACCGGAAAAGCCGGAUGUUUCGAUGGUAGAUGCGCCUGAGGCUAGCGACGCUAUCGAGAUUGAUACAGGCAUGCCAGAGCUUCACGGACUUGAGCCGCUACCACAGCCUAAGCCCGUUAUUACCGAUACGACAAAACCAACCUAUGAAACACUGCCUCCUUGGCUCGCAAGGCCGAUUCGUGUUUCACCGCAGUCCACUUUGCCUUUUACUGAGUUGGGUGUCUCGCCGGAGUUGGGGAUCUCACCCGAGAUAGCCGACAGGCUGUCUACGGGCGGGUUCAAACAAGCAUUCGCCAUCCAAACUGCCGUGAUACCCCUACUUCUCCCUCACCGCUGCAAGACAAGGCACAGCGACGUCUUGGUAUCGGCUGCAACUGGCUCAGGGAAAACUCUAGCCUACGUUCUACCUCUAGUGCGAGAUCUUAGCCUGGGGAACCGCCACCUAACAAGGCUCCGCGCCGUGAUUGUUUUGCCAACUCGGGAGCUUGUUAGGCAGGUUCACCAAGUAUGUGAGCAAUGCGCCGGUAUAUUUGCCCUCAAUGGCUUGAAGAAGAGAGUUCGUGUCGGUAUGGCAAUGGGUAGCCAGACUAUCGAUCAAGAACAGGCGGCCCUGGUUGAGAGAGAGGAGCGCUAUGAUCCCGAGGGUCAUGUAAGACGCACCAAGAGGCUUGCCUCGGGACGGGGAUACGACUCUGCAGAGGAUUCCGACGUGGGCUACAACACUGAAGACGAGGAGAAGGGAGCGAUCCGCAAGAGGGAGGACAGGAUCCCAACGCUACCCGACCACGUAAUUAUCUACCACUCUAAAGUGGAUAUUCUCAUUUGCACACCCGGAAGACUAGUCGAGCACAUAAAAUACACCCCGGGAUUCUCGUUAGACUUUGUCCGCUGGCUUGUCGUCGAUGAAGCUGACAAGCUACUCAGCCAGAACUUCCAGCACUGGCUAGAUGUCGUUAUUCCGCCUUUGCAGGCCGACAACAUGGGCUCACGAAACCAUAAGCAAUGCAAUCUUUCGGGUGUGCGCAAAGUCAUCCUCAGCGCUACCAUGACGAGGGAUCUCGAUCGGCUGGAAGGGCUGAAGCUUCGUCAGCCAAAAUUGGUUAUCCUCGAGGGUUCAGGUGCCGCUGACGAACCGGAGGUUAAUAUUACCCGACCAGAGCUUGCCCUGCCCGAACUCCUCGAGGAGGCUGCGGUCAAAGUCAGCCAUGCCAAUCUCAAACCCCUCUUCCUCCUCGAUUUGCUUCAGAGCAGAGAGUUAUUAGGCCAUACCAAUAUUAAUGCACACAGCCAAGACCCCUCAGACGACGAAACUUCAUCAUCGGGCUCGGACUCUGAGUUGGGGUCAGUCUCGAGUUCGAAAUCAUCAUUCAAACCCUCCGUGGCGGGGGGCGCGGCUAGUAUUUUGGUGUUUACCAAGUCGAAUGAGACAGCUCUACGGCUCUCACGCCUCCUCUUGUUGCUUUCACCAGCCCUACGCUCAGUAGUUGGCACUGUUACGUCCACAGCACAGUACUCCACCCGUAGACGGACGAUACGAUCCUUCGUCGCCGGAAAGCUGCGGGUUCUGGUCGCAUCCGACCUCGUCGCCCGCGGCAUAGACCUACCUUGCCUAGAUCACGUCAUCAACUACGAUAUGCCUUCGAGCGUAGCUUCGUAUGUCCAUCGCGUGGGCCGUACUGCUAGAGCUGGGAAGACGGGUAAGGCCUGGACGCUUUAUACGAACCCAGAGGCGAGAUGGUUCUGGAACAACGUAGCGAGUGAGACUCUCAUUCAAAGAAGCAGAAAGGUGGAACGCAUUAGGGUCACGGAGGAGAAGGAGGGUUCUUUCGACUUGAAGGUAUCUGCCUACGAGUCAGCGCUCGCGAAGCUAGGAGAAGAAGUGAGCGAGCCAAGACAUCGAACACGGUGAUAUUACUAGUAGUGUACGACUAUAGGUCACGAGGAAAGGCUGAAUACGAGUAAUCGAUACGAAUUUAUGGAGCGAAAGGACAAAACGCACCGCACCUAGAGUUGCCACGCCAUCCAGUGCCAUGUGACGACAAGACUCCCAAUGCGGUUACUUGCCGUCGCCUGUCUUACCCCGCGGGAUGACAAUCGAGGUUCGAGGCUUGGCUAGGAUGCGUGACGCGGGCCGCAGGCAUGGGCAUCUCAGGGUGAGAUACCGCUAGACGGCGGGCUUUGGCGUUACAUAUCGGCCCUCACUGGGUGUUAGCCUCGAGAGAAAUGCCUCAUGGUAUCGCCCUACUCUUACGUUAGAAGUUGAUAAACGGGACAUUUCGACACGCCAACAAU